AUGGCAAACGCCAUCCGUAGUGUCGUCCCUGGAAUCAACAUAAAAGGCUGUUUUUUCCAUUACACUCAAUGUAUUUGGCGAAAGGCCCAGUCAACCGGACUCCAGACACUGUACCGUGAGAACGAUGACGUCAAACUACUUGUCCGCCGAGCUGCUGUUCUUCCACUCAUCCCCUUAGACCGCAUAGAAGACAUCUGGUUCCAAACCCUUGAAGAUGCUGAUGAUGCUGACAUACCACAUCCCGUGCUGCUUUUCACCGACUACGUAACAGAGCAAUGGGUAGAAGGAGACCGACCAACCUUGGACCACUUCUCAACAGAAGGACCUCGGACUACCAACCAUCUGGAAGCUUGGCACGGAAAACUGAAGAAAAGAGUACUGCAUGCCCACUCCAACAUCUACACCAUCAUCCAGACGUUUAAGGACAUACAGAACGUGAAUGACAUCAGCCGGAUCCAGAGAGAAAGAAGAGAUACGCCAACAUCGACAGACGCCUGGACACCCAGACCGUUAUCAGACUGGAACUAUCGACCUGAUGACCUACGCCGAUUCAGCAUCACAGCUUCUGCAUCUGGGAUAGAGUGUUUUGUACUAGAGACUUAA